AAAUAAUCUGAUCAGCUGAUCUGACCUGGAGACAAAAUAACGUAGCGGAGAAAACUGUUAGGGAGGGGACUGAAGAACAAAAACAAUGACACGGCUCGGGCGGAUUUAAAAAAAACAGGUACAUGCUGUAAGACUUUUAAAACGACGUCGACAUGAUGCCCCUCACCUUUUGAAUGUAUCCGCUCUUGUUGGAGCUCUUUGACAUCGACUGCCCGCAGUUUUGUUGAUGUUUUGAACUGGAUGUCGCUAGCUGCUCGGUCAUUUUUGGCAGCUACUGUGGGGAUCGCUUGCUCAAUAACGACCGUGUCGAUUUAGACAAAGCUUUAGUACGCAGAAAACCGCCUGGUUUAAGAGAAUCCUUCGUCGAAUGGUUGGUAAAUGAUAUCUGUCGUAUUCGUCGGCGACUCAUUUUAUUUGUAUGAUUAAGGGACAGUCCGCUAGCUAGCUUGUUGUUAGCAUAAUUUGCACGUUCGUCAUUCACAAGGAAGAGUUCGUUUUCUCGGUUCUCUUAACGGCUUCAUACACAUAUAUUUGUAUAGUUUUUUUUUUUAAAUUGUCGUUUGUUGUCACGUAUGUGCAUGUUUUGUAUCUACUGCUAACUUUUAGCUUCAACCGGGUGGUUACUUGCUGCAAGUCAGGUGUAUUCUUUGUUGUGGCAUUCAUAGCAAAUUGUUUUCCUUGGUGUCUAUAUAAGAAAUAUUAUUUUUUUAAUGCUUGAGAAGCACGCCGGCUAAAAUAACAUUGUUUACAAAACAACAAGCAACCUUGUCAUCAUGCAGCUAAUUUAAGUAAACGUAUUCUAUAUAUAUAUAUAUAUAUAUACUGCCAGUAUUAUUACAGGUUUGCUUUGCAAGUGCUGUUGGGAAUCGCUGGUGCUACAGUUUAAGCUUUUCCAAAAGGCAGCCACUUGUAUAUUUAAGGUGACAGAAACGAUGAGUGGGCAUGGCUCAUCAUCUUCAGAAAAAGGAGUCAAUACAAAUCUAACAUGUCAAGAAAGUUACGCCUGUGGUGGCUCUGAGGAGGCUGCCUUUGAAUGUGACGAGUGCAGUACCUUGCAGUGUGUUCGUUGUGAUCUCGAGCUUCACAGUCAGGAGUGCCUCCAGAACCACGAGCGCCUCCAGAUAAGCCCAGGUCACGUCCCUUACUGUGACAACUGCAAAGGGGGGGACAAUGGCAAAUGCAAUAGGUCAGUGGUCCGCUGCCAGAACUGCAAAGUGAACUUGUGCCAAGCUUGUCAAAAGCGCACCCACAGCGGCGGGAGCAAGAAGAAACACCAGCUCAUAUCGUAUCUUCCGGCACCAAAACACGCAGAGCUCAAGUCUGUCCAAGCUUCUGUUCAUCAGCCUACCGUUCAAAGCGUUGAUGAGAAGAAGGCACUGAAGGCAAAACUGCUGGAAAAUGUAUGCAGUUUUCUCCUUGUUGAUGAAAAUGAGGAAAUGCAGAUAGAGGAUGAUGCUGUAUUUGUGAAGAAGCUGAACUGCGGUGCUGGCGAGCUCCUCAAAGUGGUAUCCAUCUUUGGUAACACCGGAGAGGGCAAAUCCCACACCCUGAACCACACCUUCUUCAUGGGCAGGGAGGUGUUCAAGACUUCUCCCACACAGGAGUCCUGCACGGUUGGUGUGUGGGCGGCCUUUGACCCCUUCCAUAAUGUGGUGGUCAUCGAUACUGAGGGACUUCUGGGGAACAGUUCCAAACAGGGCCAGAGGACACGUCUCUUGCUCAAGGUGCUUGCCAUCUCUGACCUCAUCAUCUACCGCACCCACGCAGACCGCCUCCACGACGACCUCUUCAAAUUUCUUGGCGACGCCUCAGAGGCCUACUUGAAGCAUUUCACCAAGGAACUAAAGGCUGCCACGACUCGCUGUGGUCUGGAUGUUCCUCUCUCCACUUUGGGUCCCGCUGUCAUCAUCUUCCAUGAAACUGUCCACACUAAGCUUCUUGGCACAGAUAAGUCACAGGAAUCAGUAGACCGGCUGCUGUUGGAGCGUUUUAAAAAAGUUUCCCGUUUCCCAGAAGCCUUCAGUUCUGUUCAGUACUUGGGCACGCAGACGCUCACUCCGCCGACUGACUUCUGUGGCCUGCAGAAUAAACUGGAGCAACUCCUGGACAAUAAUGCCACUCGAUCUCCACGCACCCCUGUGGUCAUCUUCAAAGCCCUUCUGGCAUUAAGUGAGCGCUUCAGUGGAGAAAUAGGAGACGAGCUGGUUGGCCACAGUUGCUUCUUUCCCGACGAGUACUUCACUUGCUCCAGCUUGUGCCUCAGUUGUGGGUCUGGUUGUAAGAACAGUAUGAACCACCUCAGAGAAGGAGUCUGCCACGAGGCAAAACAUCGUUGUCGCUAUUCUAUUCAUUAUGAUAACCGGAUUUACACCUGUAAGGCUUGUUAUGAAGGAGGCAAAGAAGUGAUUGUCAUCCCGAAGACCUCAGCCUCUUCAGACUCUCCUUGGCUGGGCCUCGCCAAAUACGCCUGGUCUGGUUAUGUUAUUGAAUGCCCCAACUGUGGAGUGAUCUAUCGGAGUCGUCAGUAUUGGUAUGGGAACCAGGACCCAGUGGAUACAAUAGUCCGGACUGAGAUCCAGCAUGUUUGGCCAGGGUCAGAGGGCUUUUUAAAGGACAACAGCAACGCAGCACAGCGUCUUUUAGAUGGAGUGAACUUGGUGGCCCAGUCUGUGUCGGAACUCAGCGUCAAGCCCGCCAAGGCCGUCACCUCCUGGCUGACGGACCAGAUCGCCCCCAGCUACUGGAAACCCAACUCCCUUAUCUUGCUGUGCCAUAAGUGUCAUGCGGUCUUCCUGGAGAAUGACACCAAGCAUCACUGCCGUGCCUGUGGGGAGGGCUUCUGUGAUGGCUGCUCUUCCAAAGCUGCCCCGGUCCCAGAACGCGGCUGGGGCCUCGGCCCCGUCAGGGUGUGUGACGUGUGCUUUGAGCAGAGAGCCUCACACAAAGCGCACGAGGAGGAGGAGGAGGAGGAAGGCGGAACACUUGCCAGGAAGGUUGGCGAGGCAGUGACCAACACCAUAGGGGUUGUUGUCACUGCUAUUGACAUACCACUUGGCUUAGUGAAAGACGCCGCCCGUCCUGCCUACUGGGUUCCCGACCAAGACAUCCUCUCUUGCCACAUCUGCCGACGUGAAUUCACUGCCAAGCUGUCCAAGCACCACUGCCGCGCCUGUGGCCAAGGAGUGUGCUCCGACUGCUCCCCAGAGCGUCGCGCGGUGCCGUCGCGCGGCUGGGACCACCCCGUGCGCGUGUGCACCAGCUGCAACCAAAAAAACGGAGAACUUUAACAUAGACAAUCUUCCUUUCCUCAGCAUACUCGGACCGGAACCGCUUGCUCCCUGGCAUAUCUCUGCUUCUCCGGCGGUUCUGUCUUGUUACUGUGGACAGGAAGUGGUUAGUGAUACUGUACAUAGGACACUUGGCAAAUGUGGGAAGGUGAGCUUUCAUGUGGCCUUUGGAGAGCAGCAAGAAUCUGUGAGUUACUUGACUGAGAGUUUAAUCUGCAUUUUCACUUGAUGAUUCAGUGUGUAUAUUUGGAUUCUUGUUGACGCAGAUUCUCAAUUGUAUGUGAAACAAGGCUGAUGAGUUAUUUUUUCUACUACAAGAAAGUAUUUUUUUAAAAAAAAAAAGAUAUUGAAUGAACGCUAGCUAGCUGAGCAUUAUUAGAUUCCAGCCAUUCUUUUAGCAAGGAGCAUUGUUUCUUUAAUGUAUGUGAAAUGGGCCAGGAGAUGUUGUAUGUGUGCAGGUUAAAUUGCAUGCUGUAUUGCAACUCUUUAGUUCUUGCACUAAACAUUUUUUUUCCGCUGUUGUAGGCUGUUGCUUAUCGUGCCCCCCCCCAAAAAAAAAACAAAAAAAAAAAACAAAAAACAUGUCCAAAGUUUUGGAGGUAUCUGCCGUGCCAAAUCAUUCAGGUCACUGUGUCUGUGCUGGUAUGAUAUUUAUAUUUCACAAAGUUAGUUGUGGGUGUAUGAUGCCAUGGAACUGUUAGCAUCUUGAAAAUUAUUUAUAUUUGAGAACUGAUUUUAAAAAAAAAAAAAAACAAGUCUCACAUGCACAAGUGUGUCUUAUGGCCUUAUACUAUUUUUUUUUCAUCUUUUAAUAGACAGUUUUCACUUGCUAAUUUAGAUGUUUUUAAUUAUGCCUGCUUUUUAUUUUUUAUUUUGCUCUUUUGUCUGUAAUCCACUUUUAUGAAUUCUGUUCUAUUUGCCUGACAAGUCUAUUGUGCUUUUUUUUUUAACUUUGGGAUUUAUUUAAAACAAUAUUUUUUUGCAUUCCCCCCCCCUUUGACAUUUACUAUACACAAUUUAAAAACUCGUGAUUGAGUACAAGCCUGAACCACAUGAAGUGACUGAGAUGUGAUGUACCCGUUUAAAAUUUGUUUGCAUCACUGUGUCUUGUGUCAUUACCUAAUAAUGUCAUGCAAGAGCAACGCUUAAGAAAUGCAAUUUUAUUUUAUUUAAAAUUCAGCUAGACAAAGUGCAAAGAAAACAUACUGAUGAUCAUGUAUCCAUGUAAAUCUUUACCUCUUAAGUUCUCUGGUCUGGGAAGACUUCAUAUGUGACUCAAAAUAGAUUUGACAAAAUGUAUCACACACCCACACAAUACAGCAUUGCAUAGAAUAAAAUAGGAACUACA